GCAGUUCUAUGUUCUUCUGAAUGAUCACAUUGAUCUUGGAAUGAAUGAAUGACAUGGAGGCUCGCUGCACAGCUCGAACCCUGCAAGUGGUGGAUACAGAGUGUAGUGCAGAUGCUGUAGAAUGGUGUCCCAUUGAACCGUGGCAUAAUGUACUGACCUGUGGCACUUAUCAACUGAAGAAUCCCAAUGAAAAGGGUGCAGGAGACUCUGAAAGCAAUGAGCCCCAUUUAAGACAGGGGCGUCUUUACCUUUACUAUUUCAAUGAGGAUCAGCACUAUUCUCCACUAAAAGAAGUACAGAGGAUUGAAAUGCCAGCAAUAUUAGAUCUCAAAUGGUGUCAUGUACCAGUGGCAGGGCAUCCUGUUCUUGGCAUUGCAAAUGCUGAGGGAAAUCUGGAAUUGUGUAAUCUGACACCAUGUGAGAAAAACAGCUGCUCCUUGGAGCCAAUAUGCAGUGUUAGCAUAGGCCCAGAAUGUCUUGCUCUGUCACUGGAUUGGUCAACGGGAAGAGGAGAACAUAAGCCACUGAAUAUCAUCAGCAGUGAUUCAAAGGGCUGCCUGAGCCUGCUUUCUGUCGAUGGGUGUAGAUCAACACUAGAUAUAGUCUGUCACUGGAAGGCGCAUGACUUUGAAGCUUGGAUUGCAGCGUUCAACUACUGGAACACAGAUUUUGUUUAUUCAGGAGGAGAUGACAGCAAACUCAAAGGUUGGGAUAUGAGGAUGGGGACUGACAGACCAGUUUUCAUCAGCAAUGGACAUUCGAUGGGAGUAUGCAGCAUCCAAAGCAAUCCCCACAAAGAACAUAUCCUGGCUACAGGAAGUUAUGAUGAACACGUUCUUAUCUGGGAUUCCCGGCAGAUGAAACAGCCUUUGGCAGAUACUCCUGUCCAUGGAGGUGUCUGGAGAGUGAAGUGGCAUCCUACUGAAGAGCAUCUAUUGCUUGCAGCAUGCAUGCACAAUGGGUACCACAUCCUGGAUUGUGAAGGAGUACAUAAUGACUCUUUAGCAGCUGCUCGCAACAAAGAAAACCCUAUUCUUUAUUCCUACAUAUUGCACAACUCAUUGGCUUAUGGGGCAGACUGGUCGAGACUAUCACUUCAUCCACAGCUCAGCACUGACCAUCGACCUAUAUCAUCAUCAUCAGUUGAAAUUCAGAGCAAAAGGGAGCAUAAGCAAGGAGUAAAGGAAGCCAAGGUCAAGUUCCAGCACCUGAAGAUUCAGUACGAGUCUCCCACUGGCUUAUUUGAUAUGGUUAUGGAAGAUGAGUUGGAUGAUUAUAGAGAUGAGUUGCCUGACGGUUUGCAGGCCAGUGAUACAUCUCUCAAACUGAAUAUGGACCCUGUGGUGAAACAGCACAAUCCUGACUCUGGUGUAAUUUGGACUAAAAGUAAAGCCAACCUUUUGGCUACAUGUUCUUUCUAUGACCAUGUCUUGCAUGUUUGGAGAUGGGAAAGAAAUAAUAUUGUCAUCUAGUUGACUUUAUGAAAAAUUCAUUGUUAAAGUAUUAAACUUGCAAAACUGUUACUGGAAAAGGAGCAGAGAAUGACAUGUCUUGCUGGUUUUGAUGUAUUACAGCAAUAUUACAAAAUUGGGCACUGUGUGACAAAGAUGGAGUAAUGUUCCAAUAUAGGUGUGGCAGGUUUACACUGGCAUUUCCUGACUUCUUCACCUGAGUCCAGCAGGAGAAUAAUCUAAAUAUACCAUUAAUUAGCCAUUGUUAUAUGAGAAAUUUAAUACUCGAUGGUAUGUAAAUAAUUCAGAAAGGAGACAUGAAUUGUAAACCUGCAACCUCUUCAUAGUCUUUUUGGUGGCACAGAGCAUACCAAGAGAGGUUAAAACAAAUUAAAUGAGUGACUUCUGGAAGACGUCCAAAUCUCGAGGAUUUCUGUGUUUUUAUUUUGAUUUUUUUAAAAAAUGAAAUUCUCUAGGUUUUUUGGUGUCAUACCUCCGUAGUAUCUCGGGCAAUAAUACACCAAGUUGGUGCAAAUAAACUUGUCUUGGACUGUGAUGUGUGGCUGGUAAAACAUCAUGUAAACUGGAAUAAUUUUUAUGGCGAUAUGAGAACCUAUGCAAUCGAUCCUUGUAACAAACCUUAACCCUUUAGUCCUGUGGGCUUUGCUCAGUGAAAUCUCAAACCUCAUCAAGUUCUUAUUGAAGGCUGCUUUGGGAUUUCCUGCAAGUCUAUGAUAGUCGGUUCUGACUAAAUUGAUUUUACUGAAGUGUUUUGUCAAAAACUAUUUUUGUCUCCAUCUUUCUACGACUGCCUUCAUUGAUGUAUAAAUUAGUUUGUAAAUGUAUACAAACUUAGAGCUCCAGAAUGUAAUUAAAAUUUACAUAUUUAAUUGAU